AAAAACGGUGCGUGCCGUGCGCAAAGGACAAAAUAAUAUCGAAUUGGAAUUGUACUUUUGGUUGCCUAGACAAAGUACUAUUCCUACAAUGUGGAAUUCGUUCGUCGAUAAAGACAAUAACUAUUUGAUCAGGAUUGACGAUGAUGGUAAGGUGUCGCUCACUGAUUUCAAGUGCCUUUGGAUUCAGGAAACUCCUAAAUUGGAAAUGAUCAACGAUUUCAAACAACUGAACCAGGAUUAUGUUGGAGACGACGACGAAUCUUUCUCUGAAAUAAUGAGCUGCGUGAGGAAUGUGAAGGUUGUAGAGUCUCUGGUCUUUGAAGAGGACGUCUGCAGGCUGGGUAUCAAAGCGAAAACUGAAGAUCUACCCAUCCGUUUGCAUCUGAUUUUGGGGAAGUCCGAAGCGAACUCCUUCUUCGAUGAGAUUAUGGUGCCAAUGGUGAAGACCGUUCAGUAUUUAGAACUGAAACAGAAUAAGUAUGCGGAGCAGCUGGAGAAGAAGGACGCCGAGAUCCAAGAGUACAGCAUCGAAUUUGGAACGCUCAAAAGAAAGCACUUAAUAACGGAGAAGUUUAAGAGGGAUCCGAAGACCGCAACGGAGGGUUUGAUGAUCAACAUCUUCACGAAAUCGGACGGAUUCUACGAGGCGUUGACGAGAAACCACGGGGACAUUCAGGAGAUCUACCCAGAAUUGCGCGAGAAGAAAAUCAAAAUACGCAAACUAGUUUUGCCCAACUUCACCAGAAAUAAGAAGAUGAAAUAAACUGUAUA